AGUACUCUUACAAAAUAUACAAGAACUCCACAGUUUCUUCCUAUUUCUCUUCACAGGGAAUCCCAAAGCCCAGCCGCGAGAGGCUCUUCUUGGCCCCCUAUAAUAUGCUAGAAACAUCUGAAACAGAAACGAGCAGAAGGGAAAUUUCCAGUGAUUCCUAUACCCCUGAAUGUUUGCGGUGUCAAAAGUCAAAGGUUGCCUGAUGAAUCACUGGUUCAUACAGCUAUAAGGCUGGUUUGCUUUUUAUACUAUUGACUCUGACGCCAAAGGUAGAAAUACAUGUCAAUGGUCUUGGCUUCAUUGAUAAGGACAACAUACAGCUAAGUCUGUAUUCGGAUGGUUUUAGAAGUGAGAUGCUGAUACAGAGCUUGAUAGCUGGUACCGUUGAAGGUGCUAUAUCUUUUGUAUCCUGUUUUGGCACUCAAGACUUUUCAUGCAACCAAUAUCCAGGUGUUGAAACUUGGCAGGACUAUACUCAAUGUGAACAACAUCCUCAUGAUAAAUUCACAAAUUUGCUUUCAAGUAGUGAUGGAUCUUGUUCCUUAGGUACUCCGAAUGCUCAUUUGCAGAUAACAAGUUGUGCUACCAUGACUGGAAGUUCUGUCCCUAUGUGUGUUUACAAGCGAAAGAAGCAGCAAAUUACAUCUAGUGCUAUUUGCCCUGUCCAAAUAUCUGUGAGCACCAAGCCUGGUGGUAGAUCAAAUUCUUCCAUUAGCUCUCAUGCCCCUUCAGGAUCUACCAAAGAACAUACAUUAUCAGUUGAGGCUGAAACAGAAGUUACUGGAUCUCCUUGCAAGCCAUCUGUCAAGUGCAAUACAGAUGGCAUUGUUUCAAAGUCUGCAUCUUUUAAUGGAUGUCUUGUUGGUGGCGAAGAGCCUUCUUCAGAAGAAGCCCUUAGAAGUGACUCAAGAAGAAUUUUGGAUGUCUGCCGUAUUGAUGAUAGUUGUUCAUCAUCAAAGUUGAAUCUGGGCAUUGCUACUGCUUCACAUCAAACUGAUGUGGAUGAUACUGGGGAGUGUUCCUCAUCUGGUGUAUCUAUUUUGGAGCGAUCAUGGGAUAAUAUGUCAGGAAAAGAUUUUUGCAUUUCCAUUCUUAGAAGUCAGGGGCUCCUUCAAAGAGUAUCAGCUCAGCAGCACCAUGCCCCUGCUGAUGAUUCAUGUGCUAACUGCUGUUCAAGGAAAUGCAAAGUGUGUAAUAAUUCAGAAACUACACUUAAUAUGUUAAUUUGUGAUAAUUGUGAAGAUGCAUUCCAUGCCUCUUGCUGCUAUCCUCGCAUAAAGAAAAUACCGAUUGAUGAGUGGUUUUGCUACUCUUGUUUAAAAAAGAAAAGGAAAUUAUUGAUGGAAAAAUCUACUAGUAACUCUCUGAAUAUUGACAAUGGAAGUGGCCAAUGCAGAAAUGCGACAUCUGAAGGUGAAUUAGGGCCUAUAGAAUCUAUGUUAAAGGACAUGGAGCCUUGUAAAUUCCCUGUGAGAAUUGGCCGUGAAUUUCAAGCAGAAAUCCCAGACCGGCCGCAUCCAAUUAUCGAUGAAGUUGAUCCUACGAGUGAACCAGAGGAGAUGAUUCAAUCUGAGUAUCUCUAUUUGCAUAACUCCAGCAAGACACCUCAGCUUAGUUCUAUUGGUAAUUGGGUACAAUGUCAACAGGUGAUUGAAGGUAUUGGAGAACAUGUUGAUGGAACAAUAUGUGGAAAAUGGCGAAGGGCCCCGCUUUUUGAAGUUCAAACUGAUGACUGGGAAUGCUUCCGGGCUGUUCUUUGGGAUCCUUCUCAUGCUGAUUGUGCUGUUCCACAGGAGAUACCUACUGAUCAAGUUCUAAGGCAGUUGAAGUACAUAGAGAAGUUGUACUCUUGCAAAUCAGUUGAGGCCGCGCCUGACUGCAAAAAGGCGGAAGUUGGAUCAGAGGAAGUCCACAAAUUUCAAAACAAGAAUGAAGCAGACCCCCUUUUGGGGACAACACAUAUCUUGUAUAAUUUACAAUUAAGCAGGUUUGCAAAACUAGCCCUCGGAUAACUCUCACCAUCAUAGAAGCCUGUUGUUAAAACGUUUGGAAAAACGUUCAACUAUUGCUAGUUGCUAUAUAGGUUUCGAAAUUUUGAGCUUCUGCCUUGCGAGGCAUUUUGUUCUGCGAAAAUGUGAAUUUGUGGGUUUAACUUUGGCAUUGUUUUGGGUGUUUGUUCCCCCCUGUAAAUACCAUUUUCAAACUUUAAAGAUCUGCAGAGUUUUUGCAGCUUCA